AUGACCACCGCGAACGAAACCGUUUCACCUAUUCUCGAGGUCAAGGACCUCAAGGUUUCCAUUAACGAGCAGGAAAUACUACGCGGCGUGAACCUGACGGUGAAACCCGGCGAGGUGCACGCGAUCAUGGGACCCAACGGGUCCGGCAAGAGCACGCUGGCCAACACGCUGGCCGGACGGCCCGAAUACACCGUCACCGGCGGCGGCGCCGUGUACAAGGGCAGGGAUCUGCUGGGCAUGGAACCGGAAGAUCGCGCUCGCGAAGGGGUUUUCCUCGCCUUCCAAUAUCCAGUGGAGCUGCCGGGGGUGCGCGCGUGGCAAUUCCUCAAAGCCGCGGUGGAUGCCAAGCGGGUCCAUCUGGGCGAAGAGGAAAUGGGCGCCCGGGAGUUCGACCAACUCCUGCGCAGCAAGGUCGCCGAGGUCGAGAUCGAUCCGGAACUGGUCCGACGCUCCGUCAACGAGGGGUUCUCCGGCGGCGAGAAAAAGCGCAACGAAGUGCUGCAGAUGGCCCUGCUGGAGCCCACCCUGUCGCUGCUGGACGAGACCGACUCCGGGCUGGACAUCGAUGCCCUGCGUAUCGUGGCCGACGGCGUGAACCGUCUCCGACGACCUGACAACGCCACCGUGGUCGUGACCCACUACCAACGCAUUCUGAGUUACAUAACGCCCGACCAGGUACACGUGCUGGUGGACGGUCGCAUCGCCCUGAGCGGCGGCCCGGAAUUGGCCGAAGAGCUGGAAGCCCGGGGCUACGACUGGGUGCGCGAAGAAGUCCAGGCGGCGGCCAGUUAG